AACGACACGACACCCCUCCCAGUCAUGGUAUUUGUCCACGGCGAAUCUUAUGACAUCGGAACCGGAAACGCCUACGACGGAAGUGUCCUUGCCAGUUAUGGGGAGGUAAUCGUUGUGACGGUCAAUUACAGACUUGGAGUUCUUGGAUUUCUGAGUACCGAGGACAACAACGCUAAUGGUAACUACGCCUUACUGGACCUCCUGGCUGUAUUGACCUGGCUUAACUCCAACAUUGGUGAAUUUGGUGGUGACGUCAAGCGUAUUACCUUAUUUGGUCACGGAUAUGGAGCGGCGUUGGUGAAUCUCCUCCUGCUGUCCCCAAUGGCUGACGACAGCCAAUUCUUCCAGAGAGCCAUUCUACAGAGCGGUUCCGCUUUCAGUUCCUGGGCGACCUCUGUGGAUCCACUGUCAUGCGCGAAAUACUUCGCAACUAAUCUCAACUGCUCAAAUUUUUCUAAUGACACUAAAAGUUUAGUGACGUGUUUGAGAGCAAACAAAUCUGCAGAAGACCUGGUAAACAACGUCCCACUUCCUCCCAAAUACUACUCGUGUUUCGCCCCAACGCCAGCUCCAGGAGAAUUCAUUUUCCCAAGCAAAGUUGAAGAUCUAUUGAAAAGACGGUCCACGUUUUCACAAGCACAAGUUAUGUUUGGCGUUACAAAAAACGAAGCAUAUUCGUUUAUGAAACAACACGAACUGGACCAUGGGAUUAGCAAAGAGAGAAAGAAGCAGAUCAUCAGAACAUAUGUCCAAAAUCUCUUUAAAUUCCACAGACAGAAGAUAUAUGAAAUUCUCGACCAUCAGUAUUCAGAAUGGGACCGCAGCCAGAACGACAGUACUAGACUGGACAAUAUCAUGCAGAUGUUGAGUGAUGGUCAGUAUGUGGCGCCACUGGUGAGAAUGGCACAGGAGCAUGCAAAGCGGGCCGAUACAUACGUCUACGUUUUUGCCUAUUCAACCAAAUCCGAGAAGUUUCCAGAAUGGUCAAGUGGUGUCCAUGGCGAUGAACUGCCCUAUGUGUUCGGUGCUCCACUCGUCAACGGAAUCUCACCUUUCCCUUCGGAAUACAGUCGGGCAGAGAAGCGGCUCAGUGAGGCAGUUAUGACGUUUUGGACAAAUUUUGCAAAAACUGGGAACCCGAAUCAGCCACGAAGUGCCGCGGAUAAAUUCGCUGAUAUCACGUGGCCCAAGUACGACAUCAAUACGCAGAACUAUUUAUUAAUAGGAAAGAGGCCCCAGAGAAAGCAUCACUACCGUGGUAAGGAACUAGCCGUUUGGUUAGACCUCAUACCGAAAAUAGACAGCAAGGACCCCGGGGAGAAAGCUAAUUCCCCUAUCCAUAAUCUCUUAAAUGCCAACAAUAAGUCCACGUUCGAUGAUUAUAAUCGACUCAUCACUCAGUUUCACAAGCUGUUCCCUCCCUCCCCUCCCAUCCCUCCUAUAACGCCGUUCAAUGUCCAGGGAGAUGGUGAUCACACGUUUAAUACCGAGACAGACGGGGGCUCUAAAAACAAUGGACAGCAAUCAACACAGCAACCCAACCGUGACAAUGAUGUCACCGAGGAUGGAAAAGAUGAGGCUUCCACACAGGCGCCACCUGUCGUCGGCCCUCGACAGGAUAUAUCACUAGUGCACACUUCCGUCCCUCUAAGUAUCACGGUUGCUAUUGGUUGUUCGUUAUUGUUCCUUAAUAUUCUCAUCCUUGCUGGAGUUUACUACCAAAGGGAGCGUAUUAAGAAACUACGUCGGAGUGAUAGCUCCAACAGCGAGGAAAUGCGUGUAGGACGGAAACUGGAUAAAGAUGGCCGAGACCAAAAAGGACCGGAAACGACGUCAUUAAUGACUUCAGCUCAACAUAACCAGCUAUCACCUGUAAAAAAUGUAAAUACUCAUCAAGAAGUGAAAAAUAACCCUAUAUACACCGCAAUAACCAAAUCCUCUGACACAAACCCAGCACCGGGAGGGUAUUCCUACACUGCGGUCCCCACUAACACUGCGUCGCCUAUGCAUCGUACUACAAAAUCUCAUCAUUCUCAUACCAAUUCCAUCCCCUCAUCCAAUAAAACCGGAAACUCAAUCAGCAAUGCUACAAGUGGCCGACCACCGGAUGUGUCGCCACGAGUUGACAGUAUGAAGAACGCUUACCAACAUGAUAAAUAUAACCAAAUAACAGCGAAGGAACAACCCAACUCUAAUAACGCUAUAACGAUAGUAUAGCAAAGAGCUCAGCGUCAUAGUCGUCAGGGGAAAACUUUUCAGUAUAUGUUUCAUGUAAAUCAGUGAGAAUUUUUUACCGGUAAUAGAUGUCCUUUAUAAGGGUUGAUUAUCAUAUCUACUGCUCCGCGACAUGGCAAGUUGAAAGAUUAAUUGUUAUUUCACUUGAAGCCCAAUAAAACUUGUUACUAUGAAUUUCUUAAAAUAUCUAUAUCAGUAAAUACGUGUUAAUCAUUUUGCAAUGAAAGGGUAUUAUUUAUUUUCCGCUCGACAUUGAUAUAUUUACUCAUUUCUGUUGAGAACGUAUACCUACCUGUAUAUAUCCUCCUCUCUUUAGAACACUUACCUGCAUCCGUUUGAUCUUUAUUUUGUGAUAAAACAUCUCUGGGAUUUCUAUGGCUUAUCGGAAUGAUGACUCGCUCUCUCGUUUUAUUAUAUAGCAUGUCUGUAAUCUCAAGCUGUAUAUAUAUCAACAGGAUUACCCAUCCUGUAUACACAUGCUUUUACGUCGCAUCAGGCAAGACCCCAAUACAUAUGUAUGUAGAGUUUAUAUAAACAGGCUGAAUGGGUGAAAACAGACGUCCAACCCGACUCGUUUAGAUUUUGUUUAUUCUAGUAUUGUUACAUCUUUAAUGGCCGUUUUAAAUGAUUCCUUAACAACAUCAAUCUGUCUAUAAUCAAAAACACUCGAUUUCAAUUUUGACGAUAAGUAUUACUUACCUACCUAGAUAAAGAAGUUCGUGUAGACAUUGAUGAUACACAUCAUUGGGUGGUCCACAGUAAGAAUAUAUCUGUACGGCAAUAAACUGUCGACUAAACUGUCGGCUUUGAUCGCCAUGGAGAAAACAGAACUCGUGAUCAUUGUUUAAUGUUUAAUCAACUUUAGGUUACGGCUCAUAAGCAUACCAAAGAUUACAUCAUACAAUUAGCAAUCCUUGAUAUGUAAUACAAAUCAACUGAAGAUGGACAGCAUUAAUAUAAUUACUUUGCAUAUAUAGUAGAUCUAUAAAAAAUAUAUUAUAUUGGGAAAUACUACAGUAAGUUAACACAUGUUUAACAAUUCUGAGCGUCAAAAUUGAAUGAAUGAGAUGCAUAGCUCAAUAUUUCAUGCAAAACAUAUGUCAUUAAUCAAAGUUGUACACGCCCGAAAAGACAAUUACAAACACGUAUAUGUUUGUGUUUUGGUAAGACGGAAGCUGUUUAAACAAUGGAUUUUACCAACAUAUAGUUUACAUGCUCCUCAGAGAAAGUAAUAUUGCAUUCAUGAAUUCUUUCCUUCUUUUCUAUCCGUCCGCAUAUCAAAACAAAAAAAUCAAAACAACACUUUCAUGUGAUUUUAAUCAGAAUAUCAAAUAUGAGUACUUAAGUUCCUUUCCCUCCUUCGAUAACACUUAUUUAUAGGAACGGAGUCUCCCUGCCUUAUUUUAAGAAAAUAAACGAUGAAUAUGAAAAAGUAUACCAUAUCUUGAUUUUCCUAUGUCGAACCACUAUUGAAAUCAUGUUCUGUGUGUGACAUGGAGCAAGUGAUAGCAAAUCUUAACCCUUAAACACACUUCAUGGAAAUAUUGUAUAUAUAUACCGAAAUACAAACAGUCUUAAAUAUCAUCUCUCAUAUUUCAGUAUUAUAGAAAACAUUGAUGAGAAUGAUUUUUCUUAAGAGAGCAAUGACCUUAAAGGUAUUAUAUAGCUAGGUCUACAAUGUUGUUUGGGGUGCUUGCUUAUCAUCAUUGUGUUGUAUAUCUGUAAACAAAAUCAUUCGCUAAUCAUACAUACAAGAGUGUUUAAAAGCACGUGUUGAAUAAUUCUCGCAAAACAAAAUUCAAAAGAGACGUCAAGUGAUUCACUGGUCAAUCUUAAUUAUUGGGUGUUAUGUUUCGCGUUUUCAAUUUUGAUUAUAUUCCUACAUUCGAUUUUUUUUUUUUCAAAAAAAAAGAUAAAUUUAGAAAAUACUACAUUGUGUAAAAUGAUACAUUUUCAGUCUGAACUUUGCUGAGAGCGUUCGACCACGUGUCUUUAGACUUGUGUAACGAUGUGCCUUGUCCGAAACCAAUAUGACGUUCAUUGCUUUGCGCAUUUUUCGUGUACAUUUGUAUAUAUGUAUGUUACGCCCAUGGGUGGGGACAAAGAUGUAGCGAUUGGUUGUAAUAAGUGUGUGUGCUCUAAAUCCUUAACCAGUAUAUGUCACAUGUAUAUAAAACUAUUAACUUUGUAUUUAUGUAUAAAUUUGUACAGACUUGGCGAUUUAGUUACACAAUAUCAAGUAUUCUGAAAACCCUGAACAUGUGGAGAAUCUGACACUUCUCAAUCAUGCAUGGGGUAUUCCGACAGUUGACGGAAAUUACCAAGUUUUGCCGAGUGAUUUUAUUGAAACGUGUAUUUUUUGUAGCUCUCGAAUAUUUGCGUAUGUACGUUAAACUGAAUCAAACCAGCGUGAAAGUACAAAAAAGCAUACACAUAUAUUUAUACUAAAGAUAUGAAUGUACGAGUGAUUAUGUUAUAUUUGGAAUGUCUGUUCGUUAUGGAGACUUAUGCACACAUUUGGAAUUUGAGAGACUUCCCCUCCCACGAUUUUUGUACCUACAUAGAUGAGUAUGUUUAUAAGUGACUCUGUGACCAUUUGUAAGCGUUGUUGUUGUUGUUGUAAUCGUUAUUAUUCUUCUGUAUUUUUUUCUAAAUUGAAUAUGUUUCCAUAGUGACAAGAAUGCAAAUAAGCGUGGGUGGUGUGAUGUCUUGAGCCCCAACAGCGGUCGAAAGUACCGUACUCUAUACAUAUCCCGUCAGAUACAGUUUUGAAAACAAUCAUUUACAUUUUGACUUAAUCCAUAUUACAAUUUUUCGUAAGUAGAAACAUAGCUAUCCGAAACGGUCAUUUGUUUGAAGUGUUGCAUAGUAUAGUUCCAUCAUUAGAGUUCGACAAGUAUUUGGAUUAUCUCGUCAUAAUUAUAGAAAUCAUUCACUAUCGCUAUUUAUCUACAAUGUAUUAAUCGUGAAAAUUAUCUGAUAAUUUCUUCGGGAAGAAACCUGUACAGUGGUGAUCAGAAGUAUCAAUUGUUUCCAUUUAAUAACAAUAUAUCUUAUAUAUACAUAUAUAUGUAUAAAAAAUGUAUAUAUUGAUGGAAGCAAAAAAGUUUGAUGGUAUGGAGAAUUUAUUUAGAUGAGUUUUGAACAUGCAUAGAUACGUGUAUGACCAGUGAUUGAAUCACACUUUAUUUCUGUUAAUACUAUAAGCAUAACUUGGUGUGAACAUUUAGAGACAUAUUGCCCGUGUGAGUUUCAACAUUUAGAGACAUAUUGCCUUGUUUGUUUUCAGUUGUUUCCAUGUUUGUUAUGUUCCAUUCCAGUUAGUGUAGAGAAAGUGUCUCCAUCUUUUUGUCAAGGCGAGAUGUUGGCGAUGCUAUUAUAUACACUAUUUUGUAUAUAUCAAGAAACAUUUGUAAAUAAACAGCCAUGUCGGUUUGAACCGUUCUGAGUAGAACAAAAAUAUCACAACCCCGAAAUAGAAAUUUCAUUUCAUACAAUGUUCAUCGUUAAUAUGUUAUUUCGGAAGUUCUCUUCUUUCGAAAUCAGCAAUAUUUUUACUUGUAGGAUUAGUUUCGAAAUAAAUCCGAUAAUCCUUUAAUCUUAAUCGAGCAGUAUGGUAAUUGGCAUCACUUUCUUUUAUAUCACGUUAUUACGUAGAUUUGAUUAAUAAAUAUCUAUUAUAUACAUCAUAUAUCACUAGCCUCACGUGCAUAGUUUUGAUAUAAAACUAAGUCACGUGAUUACUGUGUAAUGAUGUCACAAGUUCAGACAAUAGUUCUUGUAUGACUCUUGUCUCAUUCUGAGUAUAAUCAUAAAGUAUUUAAUACCAGAUACAGUUCAUGCUGGUAUGUAUCGGCUAUUUCUGGUAUGUAUCGUCUAUUUCUGGUAUGUAUCGGCUAUUUCUGGUAUGUAUCGGCUAUUUCUCUGAUUAAACCCUCGUUACAUCACGAUAAAUAAUAUUGUAUUAAACUGAACACGUUUUUGUCGUUUCUGAAGAGCAGCCAACUCGUCACAGACUCUGAGUAGUCAGUAAGGGGUAGUCUUUCAUUGUGUAGUCUGUAAAUACAGUGACGAGUGUGACAUAGAUCAGUUUGAACAAAUGUUGUUUGGUAAUAAAAUGGGUACAAGUUACA